AGUAUUGUGACUGAUGCAUUGCUUUUGCUGGCUGGGAGUCCUCAGAAGGCUCUAUCGAACUCUUCAUCACAGUCGUGUUGCAGUGCAAGCGAUCCCACUGCCAAGAAACAUACCCCAGUAACACCACCAAAGGUAUCAGAUGCAACUAAAAAAACUCGAAAUGCUGUAAAUGAAAAUGAGCACAGCGGACAUUCCAGUCAACCUGCCCUGAUCACGUCGACUCUUCCUUAUGUUCGUGCUCUCAACUUUACGCAAGAAAAAGAACUGGAGAUUGUUACCAGAGGUCGUAAGAAAGGUUCUAAGAAUAAGAAAGGAACAAAGCAAAAGCCAGCAACGAAAAAGCAAACCAAAGCACCAAGAACAGAGAAGAAAGAAACAGGGAAAGGCCAAAAACGAGCAGUAGCCAAGGCUUCAUCUCAACUGGCCUCGGAGUCAUCUUCUUUAGAUACCGGAUCUGGGUUUAGUACUCUACAAGGUACAUCUGGUGUUGUUCAGCCAAGUAUGAGCUAUGAAAGUACAUUCAACAGAACAGUUAUUUCUAAUUCUAUUCCUGUAAAUGCGAUAGGGCAGAGUUCUAACGCUAUCCUCUCACAGAACUGUUCGGCCAUUUUGGCAACUGCGCCUGUGUUCAUACCAAUCAGCGUCACCCCGUCCCCGUCACCUGUCAAUAUCGCAAGUCCUUGUCCUGACCAAAUAUCUUCAGAUGUUACUAUGGCAACUGGUUCUGGUACUGAUUCAUCUGGAUGUAUCCCUAGUACAGGCAUACGUCAAUCGUCUGCCCCUGUUGUCUUGGGAACCACUGCUGUACCAUCUACUGGCAAUUUAGCUCGCCGCACUGCUACUCCUGUAAAUUUUAUGUCUUCUGAUUCUGUUCAGGUCUCCUCUCAAUUGGCUCCUGGUAGUGCAAACCUUCUACCCACCCUUCCCACAUUGCACUCACCCCUCAUGCCCUUAGCUGCCAAUGUCACCCACAAAAGCAUUACCCAUUUACCUAUGGGGGCAGGUUUUAUUCCACUGGUUCCCAAUGCAUUGUCUGCUCACCAAACUAUGCAAGAUUUAACACCACCUGCAGCUAUAAGCAUCGCAGCGACACCUCAAGCUUUUAUACCUGGAUCUCUCACGGAAUCACCAGUAAUCAGAGACACUGCUGGCAUUGGAGAUUUAUCAGCUUUACAAAAAAACCACAGUGAGAAUGACAAAAGUAAUUCAACGCCCUCCGGUAUAUCGAACACAGAUAGCAACAUUGAUGACUUGUCGGCAUCAGGGGAGCCAUUCUCCCUGAAAGCAUCCAAUAUGUUACAAACUCUAGCGUUUCAGUAUAAAAACAUCCAGGGAAAUUCUACACAUCAUCAUAAUCAAGCAUUUGUUUCAGACUCCGGACAGCAAAAUAAUCACAGUUUACAGAAAACUGGGACUCUUUCGGUUGAUACAGAAGUGCGGCUUCAACCUUUGCAAGAAAAAUCACCGGCUCACGAAAAUGUAACUGCUUCUAAAAGUAAUACGGAAAUUUCAGGUGAAAAACACGCGGAUGGUUUUUCCGCAGCUCAUUCCUCGCCUUGCACUAACCAUAGAGAACAGGAAAUAAUGAGCGUUCCGCCAGUCGGACGGAGUAUACAAUGCUCUUUGCAAACCAACAAUGGACCAUCUACUUCCCCUUUAACAAUAAUGAAUCAAGAAUCCAGUGAUUUGGUGAAAGAAAAUUUUAGUGAUUCAUUGCGUUCAAAACUGAGUAGUGAAAAGGAAACACAAGAAUCAUCUACGUCACGAACAAAACGAUCGAGAGAAGAAUUUCAGCAGCACAAGGUAAUAUAUGUUGCCAGGACACCUUUUUUUUCCGGUUUAAGUUUUCCUUUAAAGAAGGUAUGUCGAGAGAAUGCCAUUAAUACGUUUUAUUAGAGAAUGCUUAAAUACUUUUUGGGUAAUUUUAUGUUAGGGCGACAUUGUCAUUGAACAUUCAAAGAGAAAAUAUAUCCAUAUCUUAAAGAGAAAAGGAGACACGACGUUGAAUUUUUGUUGCUGUCAGGUUUCCCUGAAAGCGAAUGAACUUUUAACUUUUCAACUUGCAUUCAUUUUCAUCCCUUCCAUCCACGGUCAAUACUCGUUUGUAGAAGUUCAUUUUUUGAUAUAUUUUUUAUUUAUAUAUUUGCCACACGAUAGUUUCAAAGACCACAGACAGGAAUUAAGAAAAUAGCAAUACUUAACUGUGCAUGGAAACCUGGUUAACUCUCAUAAGGGCUCUUAAACUUUUCCAGGCUCCAAUAAAGUAAGGAUUAGGAAAGCGGAUCGAGAAACGUUAGGCAAAAAACGCGUGGGGGCUGGGGAAAGACGAGGAAGUUGAGCCUGUGAGCAUUGUUUUCAAUACCUCAUUCCGGUAUGCCAUCUCUUGGUAUACCCUAUGAUUGGUCAAUUUUGACAACACGUCAACACUUACGUCGAUCACUUGGCUUCGCUCACGCAAAGUGAGACAACGUGGCGAGCGUGUGAACCCCCCCCCCCCCCCCCCCCCCCCCCCUCCACAAAUUCAUCCAUUUCAUCUUAUAACCCCAGAACGAGGUUUUUUUGAAGUGGGGGGGGGUGUGUGGGUGGGUUGGGGGCGUGCUUUCUCUUCUUCUUCCCUUUUGUUUUUUCGUCCUGUUCUCGUCCUGUCUCUUUUUCACUACCCCACUUCGGUUGACCCUUUCUUUGUUUUCUCUGUUUAUGGUACAAUUUUACAAAACGCCAACAAGUUCGGCCUGUCCAUGGCCCCACCCCCCCCAAGAGGGACAACGGGGGCGGGGGGGUUGCCCCCCCCCCCCCCCCCAAAACCGCACAUUUGAACAUGUCGACAUUUGACAUUACGACGCGAGAAACGGUUUUUCUGAAAGUGGGUGGGGUUUUUGGCGGAUGUUACAGGCUCUCCUUCGUCUCUUAUCCGCCAUUUUUCGCUCGCCCUUUGUUUUCGCUCGUCAACCCUGACCGAGAGCCUGGCACAAAGUACUCUGACACAUGUUUCGCCGACUUUGCAUUGUUCCUAUUAUAAUUUACGCUAAUCGUCCAUUUUGUUUUCUGCUUUUAGAAAAAAAGGAAUAAAUCAUUAUCGCGCCCUUCCAAGGUUUGUUCUUCGUGGUUAUUAAAAGAGACUAAUUUACAUUUUCUGGCAAGUUAUUACAAUAUACUAGCUUUUGAAUGCUGUAUGUGAUGUGUAGCUGGCGUAGCUUUAUUUAGCCAGAGUUUCCAUAACUUCACCAAGCGCAUAAGGUUGGAAUAUCAUUGAUUUAAGUAGAUGGCAUAUGAUCGUCCGGCUGAGUGAAGUCCGCAUGCAUUUAGACCUCACGGCUUAACUGAUAGACGAGCAAUAACAUCGCGACUUAAUUGACAAAUCAAGUCAGUAACCAGAGUUUGAUACCAUCAACUGAAGUGAUACACUUGACGUUUACUGUAGAGAUGACUAGGUUGUCGAAACAGCAGUCAGUGUCAACAACAACAGUCCCAUUCGGGACUGCAUUCACCCGGACGAUCAUGCUCAACUUACUUUUGAAAUGACUCCUGGGUUCAAACCUUUCACGAGUCUCGAUAUGUUGACAUUACGUUUCGCUGCAACCGAAGCUGGAGUUUUUAGUCUUUCUCAUCACUUAUUCCUUGACACUGUGUCUUUUUUAACGAAAAGUUCUAAUUUCCAUUUUUUUCCCCUUCCAGCGAUCCAAGACGAAAGGAGAAAACAUGCAUUUCCCUUCAAAUUUAAAUGUUGAGGAAUUUUUAUCCAAGCUUCAUUAUGAAGACAAAUAG